AUGCCUCUUUAUCCAACUCUGGAGGACCUCAAGGUCACGGAGUUGCUGACUCACCAAAACUUGUCUGAUGCUCUGGCUUCUGGAUGCAACGUUGCUGAUUUCCGUCCAAAUUAUGGCUCCUUUAUGGGCCUCGACUUAACCGCGUUUUCAUAUGAUUCUGAAGGCGGAUUGGUUGUUACAGAGAGUAACUCUUCUAGUCUGGGAAUCGUCUGUGCCCCAGUUUCAGGCAAUGCACUUGUAACAAAGGAGGCUAUUACUGGAAUAAAGCAUGGACUGCGUCGAGUUGUUGUUACCAAAAAUCAUUUAGGGAAGUUAGGGAUUCAGCUGAGGUCUGUCGACACGGGAGUUUUUAUUUGUUUUAUUCAACGGGAUUCGUCUGCCGCAAAAUCUGGCUUACGUUUUGGUGAUCAAGUUGUAGAGAUUAAUGAUGUAUACACUGCUGGGAUGAAGGAGAAGAAGGCAAUGGCCCUUAUUAAAAACUCACAAUCUCCGAUUGUAUCUUUCGUAGUAAGGGAUAGGUAA